CUCCUUUUUUUUACUCUAUUUGUGGAUGUACACUGCUGUCUUCAAAUAUUAUGGUUUAAAAGAGGAAAUGGGCCCCAUCAUGAUCGAAGCAGUGUUUAUGACCAGAGCAAUGUAGUAGAUGGAGUUUACUGCCUCCCAAUAUCACACUGGAUUGAAGUCUCUGGACAUACUGAUGAGAUGAAGCAUACAACCGACUUCUAUUUUAAUAUUGCAGGACAUCAAGCUAUCCAUUACUCCAGAAUUCUGCCAAACAUCUGGCUGGGAAGUUGCCCUCGGCAGGUGGAGCAUGUGACUGUCAAGCUAAAACACGAGCUGGGUAUUACAGCUAUAAUGAACUUCCAGACCGAAUGGGAUAUUGUGCAGAAUUCCUGGGGUUGCAACCGCUACCCAGAACCCAUGAGCCCUGAAAUCCUCAUGAAACUAUAUAAAGAGGAAGGUCUUGCCUAUGUCUGGAUGCCAACCCCAGACAUGAGCACUGAAGGAAGAAUACAGAUGUUGCCCCAAGCUGUGUGUCUCUUGCAUGGGCUUCUUGAGAACGGUCACACUGUCUACGUGCAUUGCAACGCUGGCGUUGGCAGGUCCACAGCUGCUGUCUGCGGCUGGCUGAAGUACGUGAUGGGAUGGAGCCUGCGCAAAGUGCAGUACUUUGUGGCGUCCAGGAGGGCAGCUGUCUACAUAGAUGAGGAAGCUCUGGUUCGUGCUGAAGAUGAUUUCUACCAGAAAUUUGGACCUCUUCAUUCCUCGUGCAAACUUCAAACCUAGAAAAGUGGAUGAGGAGAACGAAAGUGAAGAGGGAUUCUUAUAUGUCAGCCUCAAGGAUUUAGAAUUCACGAUUCUGACUCCUGUCUCUUCUCCUCAGAUUACAGGCUUGUCUUAAAUGUCCUGAGAAUUUAACUAAAAAAUGCCUCUGAGUGUUUUUUUAUUUGCUCUUUUUAAGCUAGUAUAAUUCAUGCUUUCAAGCUUUUUGCUGCAAGUAUGAGAGGCGAAGACUGUA